ACACUUCACAGUACUCAAGUUGACGUCAAUAAUCGUGAAGUUGAUAAACCACGUUGUAGUGUUAAAUUGACUUAAAAAGGCAUCUGUUGACACUAAACGAGACAUGCCCCCGAAAAAGGCUCAGGAACCCGAACGGAAACCGCUAAUUGGAAGAGUUGGUACCAAUCUUAGGGUUGGCAUUGUUGGCGUUCCUAAUGUGGGGAAAUCAACUUUUUUUAAUGUCCUAACCAAGAGUGCUGUCGCUGCUGAGAACUUUCCAUUUUGCACCAUUGAUCCUAAUGAAAGUCGUGUUCCUGUUCCCGAUGAACGCUUCGACUAUUUAUGUGAAUACUUUAAACCGGCGAGUAAAGUGCCAGCAUUUCUCAAUGUUGUCGAUAUCGCUGGUUUGGUCAAAGGAGCCGCGGAAGGACAAGGUUUAGGAAACGCUUUUUUAUCACAUAUUAGCGCAUGCGAUGCCAUUUUUCAUUUAUGUCGAGUUUUUGAAGACGAUGAUGUAACUCACAUAGAAGGAGACGUAAACCCAGUUCGCGAUUUAGACAUCAUCAGCGAAGAAUUGCGCUUGAAAGAUGAAGAAAUGUUGAUGAAAAAUUUGGAGAAGUUGGAACGCGCUGUUUUACGCGGAGGCGAUAAAAAAUUAAAACCGGAAUACGACACAAUAGCUAAAGUGAAAACUGUUGUGGUCGAUCAGAAGCAGCAUAUUAGAUUUGCAGAUUGGCACACAAAUGAUAUCGACUUCUUGAACAAAUACCUGUUCCUUACAUCUAAACCAGUAAUUUAUCUAGUUAACCUAGCCGAAAAAGAUUAUAUCAAGAAAAAGAAUAAAUGGUUAGUAAAAAUUAAGGAAUGGGUAGACAAGAAUGAUCCGGGAGCAAUGAUAAUUCCAUUUUCGGGUGCAUUUGAAUUUAAAUUAAUCGAAAUGGAAGAUCCUGAAUUACGAAAAAAAUACCAAGAAGACUGCGGUGCUACGAGCGCUUUAGAUAAAAUUAUCGUUCAAGGAUACAAAGCUCUUCAAUUAGAAUAUUUCUUUACAGCUGGAGUUGACGAAGUAAAAGCUUGGACAAUUCAGAAAGGUACAAAAGCUCCUCAAGCGGCGGGAAAAAUUCACACCGAUUUUGAAAAAGGUUUCAUUAUGGCCGAAGUAAUGAAGUUUGCCGAUUUUAAAGAAGAAGGAUCAGAAACGGGGGUUAAAGCCGCUGGAAAAUAUCGACAACAAGGUAGAAAUUAUGUGGUUGAAGAUGGAGAUAUUAUUUUCUUUAAAUUUAACGCGGGAGCCGGAUUAAAGGACGCCAAGAAGAAAUGAUCGACGCUGCUAAUGUGUGUUUUCGUUUAUUUAUACUUGAAUAUGAUUUUCUUUUUUUCGAGCAUGUCUUGUUAAAGCAAUUUAAAAAGGUCAUAAUACAAUAAACAUUAAUUAUCCUACAUGUAUAAGGAUUUAAAAUAAAUAUUUGUAUAAAAAGCUUUAUCUUUGGUUUGGCACAAAGUGUUAUAAAUAAAAGUUGCGUUUUCAUUAAAUCAAUUCGUUAAAUAAUCUUGAUUUUAUCCAUUCAUAAAAUUCAUAUUCCGUUAUUAAUAGUCUCUUCAAAUAUUUUCUAACACUCUUUGUAACUUUUAACUUGCGUUCAUUUACAUUAAUGUGGUGUUGCUCUGGAAAUAAAGAAAUUAUUUCUGCAUU